AAUAUAUUUGACAAUAGUGGCGAUAAUUAAAUAAUAAUAAUACGGGAAUAAAAAUGAAACUAACAAAAAUUGCGAUAUUAUAUUUAAAAAGCAAUCAUGUAAAGUAAAUAAAAAAACAUUUUAACAUGCAAACAGUUUUAAAAACAAUUUUUUGUAAAAGGUUUGCUAAAUAACUAAACAAAGCUGUCCAAAAGUAAAACACACAUUCUACUGAAAACCAAAAAAAUAAACAAAAACCUCAACAAAACGAAAAUUAAUUGCAAAUAAAAUUUAUUUUUAAACAACAACAACAAAAAAUAGAUAAAAUAUUUGUUUAAAAAGAUUCUGCGACAAAAUAUUAAUAAAUAUAUAAAUAAAAUAAUAGAAAUUCAAUAAUUGUAAAAUAAAAAAAACCCUGUACUUGCACAAUGACCCAUCAUCAACACAUUAAUGUUGUUAAGUGGUUUGCAAAUUCAAAAAUCACAACAAAUGUUUAUUCAACAACAACUAGAAAAACAACAGUCAUUACAAUAAAACCAACAAUAAAAAUAUUUAUAAUAUUUUUAGUAACAAUACAAAUAGAUUGGUUAAAUUGCAAUGCCCUUCUACUUAAAUGUCCUCUAUACCAAAUGCAUUUGCAAAAAAUUGUUGGAUUUCGACCACCACUCGAAUAUUUGACGGAACAUAAUUUGAUUUAUGCACCAGCAAAUAAUUAUAAAGAUCGCAAUCGAAUAGCUAGAGAUGGUUACUCAAUAAUCGACAGUCAACUGGAACAAAUGCAAAAUGAUACAGCGCCAAGUUUUGAAACCACAGCAAGUUCAAUGUGCUGGCGUAUCUGCCACGAAGAUGAUGCUUGUAUAGCUUAUGUACAUCUGUUGGACACACACGAGUGUUAUGGUUAUUCAUAUUUCGAAAGAAUCGAUAAUUAUAUGGCAGUGGGUAACGAGUUGCCAUUGGUGGCCGAUGGCGAAGCGAUAUUCUAUGAAAAGACCUGCUUAAAAGUGCCCGAAAUAUGUAAGAAACGUUUGUGGACAUUGACAAAAAUACCCGGAAAUAGUUUAGUAUUCCAGGGAAAGAAAACAAUAACCACUUUGGUCACGCGACGUGAAUGCGCUGAGAAAUGUUUAUUCGAACAUGAAUUCCAAUGUUUAUCUGCAUCGUUUGCUCCCUCAUAUCGCAACAAUCAUGAGAGAUUUAUCCAGGAUAAAAGUUUAGCCGCCAGACAACAUCAAACCACAUUGGGCCGCUGUAUAUUGAGUGAUAAAGAUAAAAUGAUACAACCGGAUGCAUUUCGUGCCGCACCCUACGAUGAGGAAUACAUAGAAAAUCAAUGUUACGAGAGACCUGUGGAAAAUGAUCAUUGCUCAUAUGAACUGUAUGCGAACAGUACAUUUAUUUAUGCAGAAACAAAAAUAUCGGGAUUAAAUCAAAAAGAGUGUCAAUCGUACUGUUCUCAUGAAACAAGAUUCUAUUGUCAAGGAGUUUCAUUUUACUAUGAAGAUGACAUACAUAGAUCCGAAUGUCUAUUACACUCUGAGGAUAUAAUAUCAAUGGGUCCUAGAAGUUUAAAACUUAGAGAGAAUUCAGUGUAUAUGAGGAGAGUGAAAUGUUUAGAUGUCCAAGUUGUUUGCACUAAUGACGAAAUGUCCAUACGUUACACACCCAAAGAUUGGUUCCAAGGGAAAAUGUAUGUCAGCAUGCAUUCCAAAGAGUGUAUGGUUCAAGGAAAUGGUACUAAAAGUACGGUGCUAAAAUUGAAAAUCGGUAAUGAAGCCAAAGAGAAUAAAUGUGGUAUAUUGAGAGCUUAUGAAGUAACUAAAGAAUAUAGAAGAAUUUUCAUUUCAACUUUGGUGGUUAUACAAAAUAAUCCCAAUGUGCAAACCCAGGGUGACCGUUUAAUAAAAGUGGGUUGCAUUAUGAGUAAUGCCACUUUAAAGGAAAUAAGUAAAGACGAUAGUGUGGAUGUUAAGCUACAAGUAGAAGACCAUAAAAUUAAUUCCAAUACAAAUGAUAUGGAUACUGAAGAUACAAUGCCGAAUGCCAUAGCGUUAGAAUCAUCUUUGGAAUUUACUCAAAGUUUUCUGCCCAAUGAAGGUUCUUUGCAUUACAAUGCCAGCGACUUUCAUCCAAUGCCCAAGAUUACUUUACAAAUUAUAGAUUUGGCCCAUGACCAUCAAACCAAUGAUGUUCAAAUUGGUCAAAGUCUAGAACUGCAAAUAGUGGCGGAAUAUACACAACAGCAACAAAGAGAAUUUGCCACACUCGAAAUACCGCCACUGCCAGAUUUUAGGGCGACCUCUCUUAUAGCCAAAACAUUAGAUAAUCAAAAUUAUGUUCAUCUGUUAGAUGCUCGCGGUUGUCCCACAGACGCUAGUGUCUUCCCCGGACUACAACGUAUACGCAAUCCCACUCGUAACGCAUUGAGAGCCAGAUUUCAUGCCUUUAAAUUUGCCGGUACCUCUAUGGUAAAUUUUGAUGUCAAGAUACAUUUUUGCAGUAAUCGCUGCCCGGAUGAAAAUUGCCUAAGUUCCACCAGCAAUGCCAAUUGGUAUCCCAUUAUAUCCGAAACUACCACAAGACAGAAAAGACAAAUUACACCCGAUCAGCAAUUGCAGCAAUUUAAAGUACAAAAUCCGGUCUACUUUUCAACCGUAAUGGAUGAUGGCGAAAAUGUGACAGAGAGUGAAAAUGCAGCGCCGCCAAACGAACCCAAAACCGAUGUCAUACCAUUGAAUUUUAAUUUGAAUGUUAGAGGUCCAGAUAAUACCAAUAAAAAUAGUUUUAUUUAUGGUGAAAGAGGAAUCCUCUUAAUUGCUGGUAUAGAUGAUCAACUACAUUUGGACAGCAUUUGUGUAAAUCAAAGUCUUCUUAUUGCUUUACUGAUAUUUUGGCUUAUAUUCCAAAUAAUUCUAAUGUUCAGUUGCUGUUAUGUCAUACAGAAAUACAAACGUUUAGCUUUGAUGGACGACGAAAGACGCAAGAUUCAAGAAAGCUUAGAAUAUUUAGAAGGCAGACGAGUCCACUGGGCUGAUCAGGGUGGUUAUACACUGUAGUAGUGAUGUGUGGUGAUAAUAGAAUAUAUAGUAGUAUUUAGUAUGUUUUUUUUUAUAAAUUUAACUAAUAUAUU